UUCAAGCAAAAUAUCAGAGUUUCAGGAAACUUUGAGAGGGGCUCAAUUUCCAUACUGAAUUUUCAAGAAAAAUAUCAGAGUUUCAGGCAAUUUGGAGAGGAUAUCUUGUGUAAUGGCAGAAGAAAAUGAGGAGGAGUCACUGGAGUUUACAUCAACAUGGCUGCUUGCAACUGUGUGUUUGAUGUUGGUGAUCAUAUCAGUGUUACUUGCCUCAGGAAUUCAUAGACUUGGAAAGUAUUUGGAAAGGAAGAAAUCAAAACCAUUGCAUGUAUCUUUAGAGAAGAUGAAACAAGAGUUGAUGCUUAUAGGAUUUAUUUCUCUAUUCAUCACUGCUUUUCAAGGACCCAUCACUCAUAUUUGUAUUCCCAGACAUAGUACGAAAAUAUUAUUACCAUGUAAAAAGAACGUGGAAGAGGAUUUUUCUAUAGAGAGACUUGCUCCAAAAGUUGGACACUGUGAGAGAAAGGGAAUGGAACCUUUCUUAUCCAUAGAAGGCAUGCAUCAACUGGAUAUUUUUGUUUUCGUGUUGGCCAUAACCCACAUAAUACUUUCUAUUUCAACAAUGUUUUUAGGAAGUAUAAAGAUCCAUUUUUGGAAGCAUUGGGAAGACGAAUUCAAGAAUCCUCCCAAAACCCCACAAAAGUUUGAGAAAAAAAAAUAUAUUCAUGUUAUUCAUCAUUCUUUUAUCAAGAUGCAUUCUCCAUACACAAUGUCUCCCAUCAGGGGUUGGUUGGUAUGUAUGCUCCUCUACAUUCAUUAUUAUAAUGAUUUGCAGAGACUGCACCACGAUGAUCAACUAAGAUACUUUGCACAGGUGACGUUAAACAUGAAUGGUCAGGGAGAGUUACAGAGACACAGACCAUGUAAGAAAAUUGCAUUCCUUUCCCGUUAA